GCAGCCAGGUGCUCGCCCCGCGGGCACAGCCGCGUCCCUCCGCUCCCAGCACCGGCUGGGGGCGGGCCCGGGGGCCGCCGGGGCCCGCCUCCUCCCCUCCCUCUCUUCCCCCUGCGGUCUCGCUGGCCGGCUCCCCGCGCCGGGUUUCCUGUUUAAGAUGGCGUCCCCCGUGGCAGCGCACGCACGGAAACUUCUGCGAGACCUGGCGCUCCGGCCCCCGCUCCUGGCGACCAGGUCUCAGCCAGUGCAAUUAACCUCCAGACGAUGGCUGAACCUGCAGGAAUACCAGAGCAAGAAACUGAUGUCUGACAACGGAGUGAAAGUUCAAAGAUUCUUUGUAGCAGACACUGCGAAUGAAGCUCUGGAGGCCGCUAAGAGACUAAAUGCAAAAGAAAUUGUUUUAAAAGCCCAGAUCUUAGCUGGAGGAAGAGGAAAAGGUAUCUUCAGUAGUGGUUUGAAAGGAGGCGUUCAUUUGACAAAAGACCCUAAAGUUGUGGGACAGCUGGCUAAACAGAUGAUUGGGUAUAAUCUAGCAACAAAACAAACUCCAAAAGAAGGUGUGAAAGUUAACAAGGUGAUGGUUGCUGAAGCCUUGAACAUUUCCAGAGAAACCUACCUUGCGAUUCUGAUGGACCGGUCCUGCAAUGGCCCCGUACUAGUGGGCAGCCCCCAAGGGGGCGUUGACAUUGAAGAGGUGGCAGCUUCAAAUCCAGAACUUAUUUUUAAGGAGCAAAUUGACAUUAUUGAAGGGAUAAAGGACAGCCAAGCUCAGCGGAUGGCAGAAAAUCUAGGCUUCCUUGGGCCUUUGAAAAACCAGGCUGCAGAUCAAAUUAAGAAGCUGUAUAAUCUCUUCCUGAAAAUUGAUGCAACUCAGGUGGAAGUGAACCCCUUUGGUGAAACUCCAGAAGGACAAGUUGUCUGUUUUGAUGCCAAGAUAAACUUUGAUGAUAAUGCGGAAUUCCGACAAAAGGACAUAUUUGCUAUGGACGACAAAUCAGAGAAUGAGCCCAUUGAAAACGAAGCUGCCAGAUAUGAUCUAAAAUACAUAGGACUGGAUGGGAACAUUGCCUGCUUCGUGAAUGGUGCUGGACUGGCCAUGGCUACUUGUGAUAUCAUCUUCCUGAAUGGUGGGAAACCAGCCAACUUCUUGGAUCUUGGUGGUGGUGUAAAGGAAUCUCAAGUAUAUCAAGCCUUCAAAUUGCUCACAGCUGAUCCUAAGGUAGAAGCCAUCCUUGUCAAUAUUUUUGGUGGUAUUGUCAACUGUGCCAUCAUUGCCAAUGGGAUCACCAAAGCCUGCCGGGAGCUGGAACUUAAGGUGCCCCUGGUGGUCCGGCUUGAAGGUGCUCAUCAUGAUGACAAGUCAAGCUCACAAAGAAAUAAUAAUAAUAAUGAGCCAAGGAACCAAUGUCCACGAAGCCAAGAACAUACUCAGUAACAGCGGGCUCCCAAUUACUUCCGCCGUCGACCUGGAGGACGCAGCCAAGAAGGCUGUGGCGAGUGUGGCCAAGAAGUGACGGCUUUGGUCCUCGUCCCUUGGAGGAAGAAGUCCACUUCACCAUAAACAGGGAUGGUUCUCUCUUCACUGUGAAAGAAAUGGUUAUCUCAUUGGGAAAACAUGGGGAGGAGAUGAGCAACAACCAUUGUAUGAAAAAUCUUGAAUCUGAAGCUUGUUGAAUAAGAUAUCUAGAUAGCCUAAAUAAUCUGAUUUCACUUAUUGUCUUUACUAAAUCACUGCCCCCUGUUCUCAUACUUCUCUGUCAUGGUGAGCCUGCUCAGUAGAUAUUGUGAUUUUGGAGAACAGUCUAUGUGGCCAAACAGUGUGCAAAUAUAUAGAAUUUGAGACCCGGCACUUAUUCGUUUACAGCAAUUUUGGUGUAAACCUGUAUAAUAAAAUCCUGUAUAAUUAAAAAAAAAAAUCACAGGCCAUAAAAAACUCAGACAAGACUGCAUUUAACAGAUGAACUAUCAAAAAGGUGCAGCUAAGACAUUGAAAAAAAUAGUUGUUACACACUGCAAUAGUUUUUACAAGUUUCUGAUUCUAGCACAUGUUUGGAAAAUCCAUGAAUAUUCCAAAAUAUAUUUUACAUUGGAAGGUCCACAUUAGUAUCCUGUACAUGUAUUCUAUAUUUGCCUUAAUACUGAAUAUACUGUUUACCUCACAGGAAAAAUAAAUCCAGAAGCCUUAUUUGUGAUUUUUGAGUAGAUUUCAUUUUAAUGGGAAAACUGCAGAAAGGUGAUUCUUACUGAAAUCUCUCUACUUAAGACAUUCCAAGAAGAAACGUGACUGAAUAUUAAAUUAUGUUUUAAGUGUCAGUAUCUUUUCUUUCCUCCUUUAUCCCCCCAGAAUCUACCAGCUGGAAAAAUGUAAUUAAGAGAAUGUGGCUUUUUUCCAUAAUGUCAAUUGGGGUGAAGGAUUUGAAUUAUGUUUAUGUUGAUAUUUUGGUAAAUUUUUAUUUGUACACAAAUUUAAAUAAAAUCCUAUGUUUUGUAAGCUCUAA